UGUGUAAUUUCCAAUUUCCGACCUCAACAAGCAAUACAAGCAUACAAGCAGUUCCAGGUUUUGCAAACAGUGUUAUUGAAGUACAGCAUCAGCCUUUAUCAUUCACUUUGAAGCAUUAGGAACGGCUCAACACAAAGCUCUUCGGCUACAGGACGAGGCAUUAGUGUGAAGCCAAGAUGAUGCUUUUGCGAAGUCCCAGCCCUUGGGAUUCACAGCCCAGAGAAAUGCAGCUGCCCAAAGAGCCCAUUGGUCAGCUCAUGAAAGUAGAACCAGCGUUGUGUGACGAUGCACGUCAUCCAGUACUGGGCCAGAUGUGCCAACAGCGCAAUUGCGAGUCUGCAUCAAGAGGCGACACUUGCGAGGUGAUGACUGCGAUGGACCGCAUUAAAGAAGAACCCCAAGACUGCUCUUCGAGUGACCAUCCGGUCGUAGUAGUGAAGACGGAGCCCUACAAUGCUACAAUUUCAGAAGGGCAGGACCACAUUGGACACAGCCAUGACUCAACAUCGCAAGAAGCAACAGCAAGCUCUGGUACACUUCAUAUCAAGGAUGAGCCCAAGGAAAUUUGUGAUUCAGUGUCUUCAGGUUGCCACUCUUCAGAUACGGAGUUCAACAUCAACAGAACAACAGUUCAGCCCCCAUUCGACAACACUGUCUCAGCCACUCUGGAUGUUCAACCCACAGAUUCCGAGCUCGGAGACCAUGCUCCAGACCAGAGAGAGACCCAACAGCCAGGUGAACCUUCCGUCUCUGACCACGAGAAGGACAGGAUGUACAAGUGCAAUGGUCGUUUGGCUACGUGCACUGACACAGACCGCUUGGAAGUUCACCUUGGAGCUAACAAAGCGAACACACUAAACUGUGACCCGUAUCGAUACGAACAAACACACACGGGUGAGAAGCCGCACAAGUGCGAGCUCUGCCCUGCAGAGUUCAGGCGCAGCACGGACCUGCGGCGUCACAUGCUGACGCACACGGGCGAGAAGCCGCACAAGUGCGAUCUCUGUUCUGCAGGGUUCACUCGCAGGGCGCACCUUCGGCAACACACGCUCAUGCACUUGUGCAAGGAGCCGUACAGGUGUGAUAUCUGCUCUGCGGAGUUCGCCCGCAAAUCAAACCUACGGGAUCAUAGGAAGACACACACGGGGGAGAAGCCGUACAAGUGCAGUAUCUGUCCUGCACAGUUGGACUCCAGCUCACACCGUCAGCGUCACACGGACACGUGCGGAACAGCAGAAAAGUGCAACCUCUCUCCUGCAGGGUUCGGUCGCAGUACAGACCUUCAGCAUCACGCCUGCCCGCACAUGGGCAAAAAACCGUACAGGUGCGAUGUCUGUUCUGCAGAGUUCACCCGCAGGUCGAACCUGCGGGACCAUAAAAAGACACACACGGGCGAGAGGCCGUACAAGUGCAACCUCUGUCCUUCAGUGUUCAGCAGCUGCGCGAACCUGCGGCGCCACAAGCAGACUCACACAGGGAAAAAGCCGUACAAGUGUGACGUCUGUCCCGCAGAGUUUAGCCGCAGGACAAGUCUGCGGCGCCACAAGCAGAUGCAUACGGGCGAGAAGCCAUACAAAUGCAACAUCUGUUCUGUAGAGUUCAUGCGCAGUGAUAGCCUGCAAUAUCACAAGCUGACACACACGGGCGAGAAGCCAUACAAGUGCGAUCUCUGUCCUGCAGCAUUUGGCCAUGGAACGAGUUUGCGGAACCACAAGCAGAUACACAUGGGCGAGAACCUAUACAGAUGCAUCCUGUGUCCUGCAAAGUUCAUUCAAAUCACAAACCUGCAGCGUCACAAGCUGACACACACGUGCGAAACGCCAUAAUAGUGUGAUCUCUAUCCUGCAAAGUUCUCUCAGGAGAUGCACCUACAGCAUCAUAAUGAGACACAUGCAGGGUGAGAAGCCCUAAAAAACGCAAUAUCCGUUGCGCAGAGUUAAGCCGCGGUGCGGACCUGUGGCGUCACAAGCUGCCACAGGUGGGAGAGAAGCCAUACAGGAGCGACACCUGUCAUGCAAAAUUCAGUUGCAGCAUGUACCUGUGGUGCGACAUGCUGCUGCUCCUGCAGAUUUCAGCCGCAGCACAGACCGGCAGUGCCACUUGCAGGUGCACACAGGCGAUAAGGCCUACAAGUUUCCUGCGGGUUUCAGCUGAAGCACAGACCUGCGACAUCACAUGCUGACACACAUGGACGAGAAGCCAUACAACUGCGAUCUCUCUUCUUCAGAGCUCGGUCACAGUACGAACCUGUGGCGUCACAUGUUGACACACACGGGUAAGAAGCUGCACAAGUGCAACCUCUGUCUUGCAGAGUGCAGCUGUAGCACAGACCUUCAGGCUCCCACUCACAUGCGCACAGGUGAAAAGCCAUGCAGGUGCAAGAAGCGGUACAAGUGCAAUGUUUGUCUUGCUGUAUUCAACCAAAGCGCAAACUUAUGACACACACACACAGAGGUGAGAAGCCAUACAAGUGCAACCUGUGUCCUGCAGAGUUCAGCCAGAGCACAAACCUGCGGCGUCAAAAGCUGACUCACACGGACCAUCCAAGUGUGAUCUCUCUUCUUCAGAGUUCAGCCAGGGGGCGCACGUGUGGCACCACCAGCUGUCAUCACACGUGGGCGAGAAGCCGUACAAAUCAGUUAAACCUCGAUGUAACAAAGUGUAAAAAAUUUCGGAAAAUUUCGUUACAUCGAGUACGCGGCUCCGCGAUGUAAGAUACUCUCCAAAACAUGAAAGAAAGAGCACGGUAAACGGAGAAAGCAAUUUUUAAUCGUGUCUGAGAACUUAGACGCACGUGAGUCAUCCGUAUACGACUCCGUUACAUUCCCAGGGUUGAUUCUGUACGAAAGUAGUCCGUUAACUUCGCCUGGGACAACCGUAUGAGAGACGGCAUAACGGAUUGUACACCCAUAUCGCAUUCACCGCUCGUUCAUUGCUCUCCGUACAACAAGCAUAUCGGCGAAGAACGUCUAAAGCGUCCAUAACUUCACUCGUAGUCGGUAAUGGCGGGUCCGUAUCGUCAUCAUCGUUAUCACUGUCUGCAUUCCCGCGGACACUUUCGAUGAUGGCUGCAUCUGUGAACUCUUCUGUUGCGGUCACACUGUCGUCUCCACGAAUAAAAUGUUCAAGCGUGACGUCCUCAGGUACGAUGUCUUUCUCCGUGCACAAAGAUCUCCAGGCAGACACCAGGGCCGGUGGCAGGACCUCAUCACUGUCAACGGCGGCUCCAACACCGUCGCUGCAUGAGCGGUCUUCCUGUCGGUGAAUUCCUGCCUUCCGAAAGCAGUUGACAAUAACCUCAACCUUCGUUGCCUGCCAAGCUGCCGACAGCAUUUGUACAGCUUGAAGCACCUCAACUUUGAAGUCCCUCUUCUGGUGUAAGUUGAACAACAGCCGCUCGAUCUGACGGUGUCUGUACGCGCACUUGACGCUGUGAAUUAUGCCUUGAUCCAAGGGCUGAAUUUUUGAAGUGCAGUUCGCAGGAAAGAACUGCAGUUCCACGUUGUCGAGCUUGGUACCUUCUACAUGGUGUGCUGAGCAGUUAUCCAAUAGAAGACAUAUCUUCCGUCCAGUCCGCUUCAUAUCGCGGUCCAGCUCACGAAGCCAGUCUGAGAAGAGUGCCCUGGUCAUCCAGGCUUUUGAGUUGGAAACAUACUGCACGGGUAGUCGUUUGGCAUCCUUGAAACUGUGUGGUCUUUUGCUCUUCCCAAUCACGAGAGGGACGCGUUUGUCCGAUCCAUCCAUGUUCACGCACAACAGGACUGUCAGACGUUGCUUGCUCUGUUUGCCUCCCACACAGCUGUCACCUUUGAUAGUCAGCGUCCUAUUCAGUAGCAUUUUAAAGAAAAGCCCAGUUUCGUCUGCGUUGUAAAUGUCCCUGCUUUCAUACCGGGCCAAGAUGUGCAGCAAUUUGUCCUCAAGCCAUGAAUUGGCUCCACUGAAGUCGGCUGAUGCACCUUCGCCGGCAAUGACUUUGCCGACUAUGCAGUGUCUGCCCUUAAAGCGCUGCAGCCAUCCUGCGCUCGCUUUGAAAUCUUCGCACUUUGCUUUGCUGCUGCGCACUUUCGCCUUUUGCUGGACUACUGCACCGCUCAGUGGAACGUUUCUUGCACGCAUGUCAGUAAACCAAGCAAACACAGCCGAACGAAGCGGUUUUCAACCGCUUCCUCUGGGCGUUAGUUCCGGACUGUACAGCGUUCACAAUGUUUUCUUUGGCCUUCAGGAUCGUUGACAGAGAACUCUGUGGAAUGUUGAAGCGAUCAGCUAUGUCCUUCUUCUUCUCUCCGCUUUCAACGGCUGUAAUGAUGGCUAACUUCUCCUGUAGAGACAGGACCUUUCGUUUUCGACACGCACUCAUGACAACACACGUGGUCUGAGGUCGUGCCUGGUCGUGCCUCCGAGCAGUCAAGACAGGAAAGA